ACAGAGCCCUGGGCCGAGCAGACACAGACACACACGCAGAAAUGGCACUGACCACUCGAGUCCAGGCUGCUUGCCUCUUCUUCCUCCUGCUCUCUAGUUUGGUUUGCUGUUCAGUUGUCCCACACAAGACACAAGACCUUGUGGAGACUCCCUUCCAGGAAGCGGCUCCAGCUGCUCACGAUGGCUUGAUGCCCCUGCUUCAGAGGACAAAGAGGGAAACUCACUUUCCCAUCUGCACCUUCUGCUGUAAUUGCUGUGGGAACACAAGAUGUGGCUUCUGUUGCCGGACAUGACCUGAGCCCGUCAUCUCCUCUCAUCUUGGCUUGUCUCCUCUCAAUGCCCUCCUCCCAGGCUCCCCUUCCCCCUUUACUGUCUAAUUUAUUCCCUCCCCUCACCCCUUCCUGUUGACUGUCUCAAAAUAAAACGGUUUGCUUUCUCCGGAAAA